AACAGCAUGGGACCGCAAUAAUGGAUUAUAUCCUACAGUUAAAUCGCAGGUAACGUGUGACUUGUCAUGGGAGAUUCUUCACAUCAAAAUGCGGAACAAGCUCAGGGCAGAAACGAGAACGCUUUACAGCAACAAAAUACGGCCCCGCAGUUUGAUGAGGAAUAUUUGAGACAAGGUCAGUUCGGUUUAGGAAACUGGCGACCUCGUUCUCUCCAACGUUUCGCUUCGCUAUGGGGGUUUGUGGGUUUGUACAGCCCCUGUGCCCUUUGGCUCGUCACAGUCAUUCAAUACACACGCACACAAAUCACCUCCAUCGAGCGCCAUUUCAAAAUCAACAGCUUCAAAUCCGGACUUCUCAUGAGCUCCAUAGAUGUAGGCAGUAUCUGCUUCGUGGUUCUAGGCAGCCAUUUCGGGAAGUUCUGCCACAUACCUCGUCUACUCUCCAUUUCCGCCGCCGUGGCAGGCGUCGCCGUGAUGUCUAUCUCUCUGGUUCAGGCUUACACGCCGCGGACUUUGCCUACUUCAGAUGACCACCCGCGUCUUUCCUCCAACUGGGACGAGUCCCCUACCAAAAGAAUCAGAUAUCUGUGUUGGAACUGGACGCUUUACGCUGCGUUCUCCGGUGUGGAAGAAGAGAAUAUAUCCGUGCCCAACGUGACGUCACCAGAGUUCCUGGCCGGAUAUCAUCGUUUUCUCUCCGACGACGAUUUUGACGACGACGACGGAGAGACGAUGCCGUGGACGUAUUUCUGGAUGAUGAUCUUCAUGUUCAUUGCGGGCGCCGUCAUGUCGUACAAGAUCCCGCUACAGACUUACUAUGUGGAGCAAAACGUCAAGGAGAAGAACCAGUCGGGGAUUUAUAUGGGUGUGAUGGUGACUGCCAUGGUGUUUGGCUCCCCUGUGGCAUUGUUUCUCGGAGCUGCCAUGAACAAAAAGCCCGUGGAUCUUGGCGACACCGACAUGCCAAAUGACGACCAGAACUGGAUCAGCGCCUGGUGGCUGGGCUAUGUGGUGAUAGGUCUGUGUUCCAUCGCCUCCUCCAUCCCUGUUUUCUUCCUCCCGAGACACGUCAUUCACAAGCCAGAGAAGAAACCGACAGACGCCAACGGGGAUGUACCAGGAAAUUUUGGUUCUGCCGAGUCCGAGCUGGACUCCCCAUGCUACAGACGGUGCGCUGAUGACGUGACCCCGCUGUGCGCUGACGGGAAGGCAAAGAAGAGAGCCAAGUACGUGGCUCCACCACCCCCACCGUCUGCUGUUGUGGAGACACCUGGUGGUGGUGGUGACCUGGGCGGUGGUGUUGGUGGUGGGACUGAGGUGUCGCUGCUGGAGAAGGUCAAAGGAGUUGGUCAGCUCCUCACAGCCGUUAUCGGCACCCUGCUGGGUGGAUUCCUCAUCACAAAGUUCAGACUGAGCCGAGCCGCCAUGUUUAAACUGACGUUCGUCACGCAAUUCACAGCUCUCUGUCUCAGCGUCAGUUUCGUAUUUCUGGGCUGUGACAACCACCGGAUCCAAGGAUUUAACGAGUUCUCCAGGUAG